AUUUCGACCAAUGGCGACGCGUUCUGCGGCCGUUACAGCAGCCAGAGAUCACUGCAGUGCAGUAGCCAACCAGCAACCAGCUAGCCGACUUGUCUACUCACAGAGAAAUAUGGAUGAAGCGAUGAUACAAGUCAACGGCUGUCAGACUGACCCACGCUGCAUGGGCCCAUAAACAUGUCCACAGAUGACAGUAUCUCUGAGGAUGUGUCCAGCUCGGGGGCUCUGAGCCAUUGCCAUGCCAGUGCGGACGGGGAUGGGGGCAAAGAGAGUGAGACGUCUCUGGUGUCCUCUGAGGGGACAUCGGCCUCGGGGCUGGCCGUCUCAGAGGAGAGACACACAACCUCCCAAACAACAGGAGGCACUGUGCAGAGCAGGCCCGUGGACAUCACACCAGCAUGCAACAAGAUCAGGAGUCUGUGUCUGAGCACAGAUGAAGCAUUUGAACAAGGGAAGAGCCUCCCAUUCAUCAACCCAAGCUCCCUCGAGACCCUGCGGGCUUUGGUGCAGGAGAUCCAGAGCAGCGGAGAAACGGACCCUGAGAUCUGGAAGGAUUGUGAGGGCCGAUGGCUGCAUCUGUUUCAGCUGGUUGAGAAGCAAUACCAAGAGCAAAUACUCGCUCAGCAAGAACAAUACCAGUGCCAAAUACAGUUGAUUCAGGAUGAAAUUAAGGCCCUGGUUCAGCUCCAGAACCGCCCGGCCAGCAUCCAGCCACACACCGAGUUCUCUCCAACUCCGCUGACCAAAACAACCAUGGACACAAAGGGUUAUAUCUUCCCCCUCCUCACCAGUGACCGCACACCCCCCAAAAAUAUAGCCAGUGACAACGACAGUCUGGCAGCCCCCGCCCACAACCCCUUUAGCUCCCCUUCACCUCCACUCCAGAGAUCAGAGACCGCCAACCAGCAGGGGGAGGAGCGGGCGACCACGGUGCUCAGCAGUGGCUACGGGACUCUCUCUGCUUGGGACACCGGUCUGGAACCUGCCGGGUCUCCGGGGGAAGACGAGGAUGGUGGUCAAGAGAGAGAGAAGCAUCACUGGCCGUCAAACUUCCAGGAGGACACAGAGACAGCUGUGAUUGGCUGUCGGCAGGAUUUAUCCAGUGAGAGGACUGUGGGAGUGGAGGAAGCUAACCCGUCAUCGUACCAGCAGAGAACCUCUGGCACUAGCCAGCUGUUGACCUCGUGGGCCCAGAGGCAGAAACUCAGGCCCAAGAAGAACAAAGCAGGACCAGCUUCAUCCCAAAUCCCCGAGUACCCGGAGCAGCCACGCAGCCUCAGAGAGCCCCACAAACAAACGCCCCUGGACAGCUCAGACGACCAGGACCAGCAGCGAGCGGCCGGGCCGUCGUCCAGCUCUUUUCCCCUGAGGAGGAGCGACAGCCUGAUGUCUGAGGCUUCAGGCCUCACUUAUUGGCGUCUGAAUGAGACGGAGCUGUAUCAUCCUCUACCGGACAGCUUCGACAGUGGCGCUUACCUCCUCCUGCAAGAGGCAUCUAUGAGUCUUCCUUGUUCUCAGGAGCCUCAACUGUCUCUCAAAGAGAUUUAUCAGAACAAGCAAAGAACAGACUGCAAACGCUCAGACUGGGAAGGCUCGCUCACAUCCAGUCCUUUGUCACCACAGGUGCUGACGUUGGACCCAGCAGCCAGCCAGCGGCCGUCGGAUCGAACCUCCGGCUUCACGUCCCCCUCUCACUUCAGCAGCCCCUCAUUCGCCACGCAGCCCCACCUCUACCCCAGAGUAGGGACCCCCGUGACCCCCGACAGCAUGGUGGAGUGCAGUCCCAACCCUGGAGAUACAGACUGUGAUAGCUCCAGCGUCUCAGCUGCCGGUCCUUCUCCCUCUAAGGUGCAAAACAUGUGGGUAUCCCAGGCAGUCCAGUCUACCUCCCGUGAUAAGCCCCAGCUGUCUUCCCACACAUCCAGCCAGCAGCGCAGAGCCAGUGCCCCCUUAGCCAGCGAGGAGGAGGGCAGUCACACCCACACCAGCACCCUGAAGCCUCGUUCAGCCUCUGGUGCCACCCUGCGGCCUGCAGCCAGUCAACACAUGGAGAGAGCUUCAUCACUCGAGGAUCCUGUCGUCCUCUCUCUACUGAGGCAGAACCUGAGAGAGAAACACUCUCGACACGUGGCUGAUCUGAAAGCUUAUUACGAGUCUGAGAUUCAAACCCUGAGAGACAAACUGAAGCUCAGAGAUCUGCCCCAGGAUUUAGAGAAGAGCAACCAGGCGCUCACAAAGAGGUGCAAGCAGCUGGAGAAAGCUCUGGCUGAGGCCAACAGUCGUGUUCAAGAGCUCGAGGCAGCGAACAGCUCGCUGGAGAAAAAACUGGCAGAAUGGCCGGAGCGGUACGCCGCAGCUGGCGCUACCGUGAAGUCUUUGCAGCAGCGACUAGAAGAGAGCAAACGCUCGGGCAAAGAGAAAGACGCUCUGACGGCACGCUUGAAGAAAAACGUCCGGCAGCUGGAGGAGUCGGUGCAGAAAGCCUGCAGGGAGGCCGACGAGAAGGAGGCGAGGAGGGAGAGGGAGUACAAGAUGCUGCAGGAUCUGCUCAGAGAAUAUGACUCUCUGAUGAAGGACCACGAGGGAAUGAAGAACAACCUGGUGUCAACAGAGAACAAACUUCUGGAUGCCAACGACCACAUAUCAGAACUGAAGCGAGUCGUCUCCAAGCUGGAGUCUCAGGUGAAGCAGCUGGAGCACGAGAACCAGGCCCGGGCACGUUACGCUUCCCACAGUAACACACAACCGUCUGGCGCUGGUCUUUUCCACCAUCCUGACCUGCUGCUGUCACCCAGCAAACGUAAGGCAGAGCCGGACGUCACCCGCAGGAAGUCACCCUGUCCUCCCUCGGAUCAGCUAAACGGCGGCAGAAAGUCACCUUUCCUUCAAACCAACCAAUCAAGUGUCCACAAGAAGUCACAGUCUCCAAUAACUGAUCAGUCAUCAGGAGCAGGAAGCUCUGUGGACACGUCUCCAGCCGGUGGCAGCUGGAGGUGUGCGUCUCCUCCCGAGUGUGAGCAGUCUCUGCCUCAGCCCAGACACCAGGAGCAGAGCGGCGGGCAGUGGGAGGCCGGUCGUAGAGAGUCCUGUUCCCUGACGCCCAUGAUGAGGGCCCUGAUAGAACUGGAGGAGACCAGGGCCACGGAGAGCCGGGCCCCCUGGGUCGGCAUUCAGAGGACCACGGUCGGGUUUGUGGAGCGAAGACACAAAGACGUGAUUCAGGAGCGAGUCGGGCCUCAGAAUGUGGACAGGGAGGUGGUCAAACCUGGAGGAGUCGUGGCCAGAGCCGAGCAAGGAGGCGCCAAAAGCCUCAGUGGGGCGGCGCUGCUGAGAGCUCAGAGGAGUUUGUCUCCGGAGGGCCACCGAUCGUCUUCUCUGCCCCCUCCAGCCCAUCGAAACAUUCCCCCGACACCCACAAAGAGAGAAACUUUGCUCAUGCCUCUGUCUGCCAAGUCGAGUCCUAAACGCUGCCCCACGGAGAACUACUCCACCGCUUUUGGUGGCAUGAUGCCACGAGAGGAACACCUGGUGAAAAGGUUUGAUGGACAGGUUGACCAGAGGCGUCAUUCAUUCCACAACAGCAGCAGUCCCAGGAAGAAACUCCAGUUCACGUCAGCAGACAGAGAAGAUGACCUCCAGCAGUCAGAGUCCUCCAGCAGCGUGAAGCCGCCUGAGGGAAACUCCCAGCUGGGCUGGGACGAGCAGGGACCCGGUCCUGGGUCCAACCUGCAGGACUCCUUCGAGGACUCGGCUCCACUUUUCCUGGACAGACUCCAUUCGCUGGCUGAGGCCGAGAAACUGUUUGAUGAGCUGACGCAGGAGAAACUGCAGAUCGAGGCAGCUUUGAGCCGGAUGCCUGGAGCAGGUGGUAGAGUGAGUCUACAGACCAGGUUAGAUGAGGUGGCCUUAGAGAAUCGUCUGGAGAGAGUGAACCGUGAGCUGGGAUCCAUCCGCAUGACUCUGAAGAGGUUCCACGUCCUGCGCUCCUCUGCCAACAUAUAGCAAUGUCUGUCUUUUUACAUUUACGGUGUGGAUGCUACGACUUAGUGUCUCUCUUAGUGUGUUUUAUACACUGCACUGAUUGUCCUCCCGUCUCUCUCCGUGCCAUACGCCCAUCUGUACAGAACCCACACCGCGUCUUUUUUAAUACAUACUGCUUAUUACUCGGGGAUAUUUUUUAUAUGUCUUGAAAGAUAUUGCAAUUUUUGGAGUAUAUAUUUUUAGUAACACACAGAUUUGUAAAGUCGUUUACUUUUUUAGUCACAGAAAUAUUACUAUGAUGUGUUUUUUUUUUUUUCCUCGCCGUGUUCAGGUGUUGAUUUUUAAAAUCAGCCAUGUUUCAGUGUAAACGUGGACGAUCAAGCAGAUUUCUCCAGCACAGACAUCCAUCCACUUUGGGAUCUAAAACUGCCAUUUUUGUUCAUGUGUUUAUGAAUAUUUUUACAUUUUUUUUCCAUUUUCAUGACCUAAAAAGUAUUUAUUCAAUGUUUUUGUACGCCAGAUUUGUUAUUUUAUGAAAGAAGUAGAUUAUUUCUCUUUGCUUUGGGCCAAAUUUAUCAGACUUGAAGGAAAAUAUUUGUUUACUUGAAUCGAAUCGCCUUUUUUUUCUUCGUUUACUUUCCAUCGCUGCUCGUCACUUUGUUUCGCUCUACAUUUUUGAAGUCGCCACAGGACUGGAAGGAGCCUCCAGAUUAAAAACCACUUGUAAAAUCCAAACCAGCACACUUCUUCAGUCGACACAUUUCCACGCAGCCGGUCGUUCUUCUCCUUCAGCGAUUGCUCGUGCAUGGAUUUUCUUGCACUGCUUCCUUUUUGCCAUACAGUUUUCCUACCUGACGUGAACUUCACUGGAACUAUAAUGUUGUUGUUGCACAAUAAAUGAAGCUUUUUUUUUUGAUAACUGGAAGUUUUGCUCCUUUUAUUAAACCUCAUUAUUAAACCGA